UUUCGUUUAGACUAAACCGUUAUGCGAGUUCCCGAUAUAUCAGCAACAGCUGGUUACGCUGCAAACGUAUUCAAUCCUAUUGGCAUCCAAAGAGACAACACAAGCACAAACUCCCUAAUUUCAGCACUUGGAAACGAGCACAACAAAUUUGAAAAUAUUUCACCAACGGGAACCGGACAUUAUUACCGGGAGCCGACGACCACCAAUUACGCCUCCACAGCAGAUGAAUUCGUGCAGAAGGCUUUAAGCUCAACCCCGACCGAAUAUUCGGCAGCGCACGGCUUAAACGACAACCUCUCGCAUUAUUGUUGUGGCGAGAUACCGAAAAAUCUGUCGAGUCUUCAGUCAUCAGAUCCGAUCGAUGAAUGCUAUGACAAAGAAGCCAAUACCAGUGGCAACACCUAUAAAAGCUUUAAGGAGAUAUUCAACACAAACAAGAGCUUCUAUGAGGAUUGUGUUCGAGACUUUGAAAAUAUUAAUUUAUUAAAAAAUGUUGCCGAUCAUGUAAACGACACUGGUCCCGGCGACGUGAUUAGUUCACACGAAAACCAAAAUAGCAAUAACGAAUGUGCCCUGUACAGUAGUAAGAACUCGUUCGAUAAUGACUUUAACCAGUAUAGCGUUACGAAGUGCGAACAUUUGGAACAGCAACAGAACCGUUGUAGGACACCACCUAAAGGCGGCCAAGGUAUGGUAGACGAUUGCCUGCAGCUGCCCGAUGACAAUGACUAUGAUGAUCAUUCCAUGAUCGAUUUGUGCAGUGAGACUAAAUCAAAUUAUGACAGUGAUGAGAAAGACGAAGAAUUUGUGACCUCAGCAUCGUCGUCAACAAUAUCUUUGCACACCCAAAAACAUUCCUUUUUCCCCAGAGGCAUUAUAAACCCCAACUAUCCGGGAUUCCAGCACUUGGCCCAUACGCUGUCUGAACAUUUCGUAACAAGUUCCCCAUCGGAUUCAUUCGAGAGUGACAUGUCAGAAUAUGAUAUGGAUUUGAGUGCGGAUAGUUUCGAUAGUCUAACCGAAGACAGAUCUCAGAUAGAGUUGAACAACUUUAAUAAUAAUACCACACAGUCUAUAACCAUGAAUCCAGAUGGAUAUCCGAAUCAUCGUCACGAAAACUUCGACUAUAUCCACGAAGAGGAGGGCGAUCUCUAUUUAGUUGAUUGCGACAAAGGUCAUCGUCCAUCGUUUGAUGAUGACGAUGAGGCCAACCGCAACCGCAACAGUCAUCAAUCGGACAAUAAUCCAUUCAAUCUGACCGACUUGCAGGAUGGCGUCCAAAGCAAGUUAACAUUGCUGGAAGCGGAACACAAUAAUACCACGCAAAAGGAACAGAUGCCAGUUUCGAUAACACCAGAUAUUCUAAUCAAGAAUCACCAUCACCAUCAGCAGAUGGAAACACAGUUUAAAAAGGAAAACAGACCAGAUCUGCUGAGAGGCGUUAGUCCCCAUAGCAUUAAGGAGUCGUUACAUCAAUCGGAACCACCACUAACCGUGGACAUCCACCAUCAAGGCCAUCAUGGCUUCAAUACUCGCCAUGCUGAGAUGAAAGACGAAAUGUCAUUCGGUCUUACGCCGGUUGAUAUAAUCGGAGACUUUGGUCAGGAGGUUGAAAGAGAAUUUGGACUACUUGUUAGUGGCUAUCGACGUUUGGUAGAUACUCAGGAUAAUACACUGACCAUAAUGGAAGAUGGAGAAAAGAUAUCUGAUGCUGCAUUGUCCCAGGUAAAGGAUCAGAUUGACUCCAGUAGAUAUUUAGAAGCCUUCAAUAAGCAAAGUGAGGAGAAUCGCAGACGAAGCACUGUCCUACCCGAUUUGGCAGAUGACAAUGCUGUUGACAUUCCAAUGCCCACACAAAACGAAGAAGAUACUCCCAAACAGACGACAGAAGACUCCAGUAUGGAACAGCAGUUAUCGUCGUCGAAUCCCUCAGAAACUCGUCGAAAACCGAAAUACCAAAAAUCUUCCUAUGAUGAUCGUCAAUUGCCACCGGUGGCCAUUGAGUACAAACGCUGUCAGCAGAACUCCCGAUCGACGAAGAAGCCCACUAAUCACAACGACAAAACGACGACGACGAAAAUACAGAAGAUCUCACAUUCCAAACCAAGCAUUGCCAGUCGAAUACUGCACCCGAAACGUAACGGUAAGCACGACAAGUCGGACAGCAGUUCGAAUCGCAAACGAGAAGAAGCCGAGCUGCACAAGUAUCAGCAGUUGAUCAGCGACAAGGAGGAGAUUCUAAGCAAUAGCAAAUAUGCUAAACUCUCGUCGUGGGCGCAGCAUCUAAAGAAUUCGGUUAAGGAUCGAGGUUCCCGAAAUAGCACAGAUUUAAUAUCACCAAGCGCAUUAGAACUCUUUGAUGCCUAUAAAAUUGGAACGGAAAUAGAUAUGGAACAGCUGCAACAACAUCUGAAAAUGGCAAAAGAGAUAGAGAGACAGAGACGCAAUGAUCGAGAGGAAAUACGACGUCGCUUGGCCAUGGGAGCUGAGGAAAAUUGCAAUGAUCAGCAGGAGAGAUUACCAUGGAAAUCGGGAACCGAAUCGCGUUUGCAAAGCGAUUUUUCUCGCAUUACAGGCAUGUCAUCGGACACAGAAAGUCAUAGCUCGGAUUCGGAGACUUGUCCCAAACUAUCGAAAUCUAAAACCCAGUAUAGCAUUCACAAUUUUGGCGGUACACCGGUGGCGGUGACCAGCCAAGUGACAGAUAAUUCUCAAUUACAUCCAUAUCAUGGCCGACCACUGUCGAUUAGUUGUUCCAAUAACACCAUCAAUAAUAACGGUAGCACAGGCAAACAGACACAGAACACAAAAGAACCGGAUAUGCCAGUCAUAUACAGCAGCGAGGAUCUGGAGUGUGAUUUCUUUACCAAACAAGCCAAAUUACAGAUAGAAGCCAGAAUGGCAUUGGCACAGGCCAAAGAAAUGGCCCAUAUGCAAAUGGAGAUUGAACGACAAAAUCAAUCCGUGUCGCCAAUAACGGCUAUUAUACGAGGUUCCUUGGAGAAAGUCGGUGUACGAAUGACGGCGGAUAAACGUCGUGUGUCACGGCAAAUGUUAACCGAAAUGAAUAUCGCCCAGCUGCAGAUAUUGGUCAACAGCCUACACACACACAUUGAAGAACUUAACGAAACCCUUGUUAAUUAUCUCAUGGAACGCGAUGACUUACACGACAGUCAGGAUGCAAUGCUAGUCGACAUUGAAGAACUCACACGUUACAUCGGAGCAAAAGAACAUAUCGCCCAGCAAGAACGGAUAUCAGCACUGAAUAAAUUUACAAAAUAAA